GUUAAAUUCGGGUUCACAAAGUGAGGAUGCUUUCGCCUUUUUUUUAGUAACAUUGAAAGGACAUGAUAAUGAAGUCAAAAACAUAAUGUUAAUUGGUAGAACUGGCAAUGGCAAAUCAACUUUGGCCAACGUCCUUGUUAAUAAAAAUAAUGAAUUAGAAGAAGUAUUUAAAGAAUAUCCUGGUGGUAAAAGUGGGACUGCAGAUACCAAAAAUGAAAUUUUUGAAGUAAAUUACGGUAGCAAGAAAGUUAAAUACCGAAUUAUUGAUACAGUUGGACUUGGUGAUACUAAAGUAACAACAAAAGAAGUGCUCAAAAAGAUAGCUAAAACCAUUCCUUUCAUUGAAGAGGGGUUACACAGAAUUUUUUUUGUAAUAAACGGUCGUUUUACAAAAGAAGAAAUACAAGCUUAUCAUUUGCUCAAAGAGACCAUUUUCGAUAAUGAAGUUGUUGGUUAUACUACUAUUAUUAACCCUCGUUUUCCAGAUUUUCAAAAUGUGACAGCAUGCGAAGAGGACUGCUUUAACAUAGAAAAUGAAACCACUGAAUUAGCUGAUAUAAUCAAAUCUACUAAGAUUAUUCAUGUAGACACCCCUCCUUUAAAAGGCAGCUCAAAUAUGGUUGAAUCUCAUAAGGAAGCUCGUGAAUCCUCCCGCCAAAAAUUGAUAGCACACUUAAAUAAUUGUCAAGGUAUUUAUCAUCCGAGUAAUUUAGACACUUUCGAGGAGCGGGUGUGGGACUAUUUAACUGAGGAGGAAAAGAUGAAAAGAGAAUUAGAGAAGGAAAGAAAACGGAGUGAAGAGGCAGAAAGACGGAGGGAAGAGGCAGAUAGACAGAGGAAAGAGGAAGAAAGACGGAGGGAAGAGGCAGAUAGACGGAGGGAAGAGGCAGAUAGACGGAGGGAAGAGGCAGAUAGACAGAGGGAAAAGGCAGAUAGACAGAGAGAAGAGGAAGAAAGACGGAGGGAAGAGGCAGAUAGAAAAUUGGAUUGGGAAAGAAGACUAAAUGAUGAAUUAAAGAAGAAAAGAGAAUCUGAACAAAGUUCAAUCGGUGAAGUUAUAUUGUCUAUAUUAGGGGCUGUUGCUGGGGGAUUAGCGUUACUUUUCUUUGAUAAUUAUCCUUUUGUUUAUAAUUAUUGGAUUUGUUAA